AUGGCUGAAAUUUGUAUUCGAGUCGACCCGCCGUCCGUCGAGUUCAGAGAUGUUGAAGUCGGGGGAGUUUACAGGACGACAUUAAGGGCGACAAAUGUUGGGAAAACUUUGAAGAAAAUAGUGAUGGAAAAGCCCAAAUCUAAGUUGUUCAGGUUCACAGCAUCUGGCUCAGCAGAGGCAGUGGCCCCGGGUCUGUCUGUAAGCGGGUUACUGGAGUUCACUCCUAGGGAAGAGAAGGAGGUCAGAGACAAUCUUCUGAUUCAUGUAAAUGAUGUGGAGACUAUUAAAAUCCCAGUGAUGGGGUUUCCUAGGGUUUGUUCCCUUAUAAUGGACCCAUUAUUAGACUUUGGUUGUAUUGUUGCCAGCAGUGAGGUGAUCAGCAAACACCACCUUAUAACCAAUCAGGGAUCAGAACCAGGAUUGUUCCAGGUUCAGUACAAUGGACACCCUUCACUCAGAAUUUCUCCCUGUACUGGAGUCAUAGCAGCUUGUGCCACUCAAUGGCUUGAAGUGGAACUGCGAACAAAUGAACCCAGGCAGAUUGAUGAAAUGGCUCUGGUCAAACUCCAGAAUCAAUCUACUGUAGUUCUGAGAAUCAGAGCUGAGGUGGUGGACCAGCGCCUUGAGGUCUUUGACAUGCAGGGGGCUCCACUGUCCUGUCUCUGGUUUGGACCUGUGUACUUUGGAACGUCUUGCUUGGAGAAUGUGGUUCUAAGAAACAAUGCACCCCAGGCUUGUAGCUGGGUCUGCCUGCUCCAGAAUACUGCUGCUGGGUCUGAGGUGGGAGCAGACCUCCAGAAGAGUACAGACGCCGUCCUGCUGGAAGGAAUGAAGAGAUGCAGCCCAGCCACACAGGAUAUCUCUCAGGUCUUGGUGUGUGUCCCUAAACACGGUCAACUGGGACCGUACGACCAAACCACUGUGACUGUACAGUUCAGCCCCAUCUGCAAGAGUAAAACUGACGAGAAGACGAAGGAUUACUCAGCCAGCCGGCAAGACUACUGCCUUUUCUUGCUGUUUGAGUCAGUGGGAAGCAGGCAUGGCUUCACUCACCAUUAUGCUAACAGCAGUGUGGAGCUGGCAGUGACAGGCUCUGGACUGCCUGUGUCUCUGGUACCAAGUCCCUCUAAAAGAUUGGAUUUUCUCACCUGUGUGAUGGGUCGACGUGUUGACCUGUUGUGUGUCCUGAAAAACCUCUGCCCUCAACUUCCUGUAACUUUCCGCUUCCGCAAGAUAGCUCAUUUCACUGCCAAGCCCUCCUCUGGCACAAUCCCCCCCGGGCAGUGCCAGGAUGUAGUUUUGUCUUUCACUGCAAGACAGCAAGGGAGCUUCCAGUUGUUACAGAAACUGGAUGUCUUAGGUCAUGUUGUUCAGAGGGGAAGUAACAACACCGAAGAUGUACCUGGACUUGAGCUUUGCAGCUUCCACACCAUUACCCUUCACCUAUCUGCUGUCUGCUGCAGUGAGACCACACACCCUGGGCCUAAGCUUAACCCUGGCAUCACUCCAGCAGUAACCAAUCCAACCAGAUCAAGGCCUCACAUUAGAGCCAGCGAACUGGCUCGCUGCAGAGAAAUGGCACAUGCUGCUGUACUUAACGCUGACAAAACACGACUUCACAUACAACGAACUGAAAAGAAGCAGAACAAAGAAGUAGAGGAGGAGUUCCUGGCUUUUCCUAAUGACAGAGCAACAAGCAUCAGGCCUACCUCUGCACAUAGACAGUACAGGACCAUCUUCACAAACUAUUCUUUUACUGACAAAGAAGAAGAGCAGAGACAGCGGCAUAGACAGAUUUACAAAGACUUCCUCAAACAGUUAAGACAAAUGCGCCUGGAGAAGAUCAAGGAAAGACAGCAGGAGAAAGUAGAGGAUGACGUGGAUAUUGGGAUUGUUCCUGCUCAAGGGCUUGUUCCCCCUACACUCCACCUCCACGACCUGGAGAUGAAUAAGAUCUCGAAGAUGAAGUACAUUUAUUCUUCCCCAGAAACCAAAGGCAGCUGCCCAAAAUACAUAACAUCCAAAACAUGGCACUUCAACAGCCAGGUUUCAGACAUAAUUCAUGUAAUUCCCUCUACCUGCCAGGAGGUGGCAGACUGCAACAGGACUCUGACGGCUCAGGAGCUCUACCAAGUUGAGAUAGGUCCAUUGUUGGUGGACUUCGGCGAGGUGUGUGCUCAGUCAGUGUGCGUUGAGAAGCUGAAGCUAAUCAAUCAUCUGUCAGUGUUUGUUUGGGUUCAGCUGGAGCUGGACUGCCCUGAGCUGCAGGGCUCCUCACCCCUGUCCCAUGUCCUGCCACCCCACUCCCACAACAUCUUACCUCUGACAUUUCAGAGCAACAACCUUGGUCCUUUCUACAGACCUGUAUCUUACUCUGUGAACAAGAAACACCCCGGUCAGAUACUAGUCCAGGCCCAGGUUGUCCCUGUGGAUUUGGAGCUGUCAACCACCCUGCUGGUCCUCCGCCCAACCCCAAAUCUUCUUGCUCAAUCAGGAUACAGGAGCUUGGUUACCCUUCGAAACAAGCGUAACCACCCUGCAGCCUUCACAUGGAAACCAAUAGUCACAGAUAGUGGCAUCUUGUUCUCCAUCAGACCUGCAACAGGCACAGUGGAGCCAUACAGGGAACUGGACUGUGAGGUGGUGUGGCAUCCAUCCUUCUCCUCCCCUGCUGAAGGAGACUUUGCUCUGUGUGUCCAUGAGGGCAAUACACAACAUCUGCACUGUGUCACCAAGGUUGGAAGCACAAGUGUCCAGCUGGCAGAGAAACGGGUCUCAUUUGGAUCAGUGCCCCUAAACAUGCCUUCCAUCAGAACUGCAGUCUUCCACAACACAGGGCAGAACCAUGCUUACUACCAGGUGCUGGAUGUUUGCCCUCUGCCAGGCAUGAUGGUGAGUCCUUCAGAGGGUGUGGUGCCAAGCGGGGGGCAGGCUACUCUCAAGAUCCACUUCAACCCUGACUCUGUCUUCAAGUUUGACACAAGAGUGGAAAUAGCUCUGAGGAACAUGAAAUCCAUCGAGCUUAGAGUGGGCGGCUCAGUGGAGCAUCCAAAUGUAGACAUCAGUGUGUCCCAUUUCCAGUUUCAUGGUGUCUAUGCUAGUUCUCAGCGAGCGAUUCCGUUUGCUCUGACAAACCGCUCGUCAGCUAAAGCCCGGGUCACCUUCGACCUGUCAGAAUACACAGACUUCUCUUUGCAGCUGUCUCAGCCCUCAGCAACAGAUAAGGAGCCAGGUGUGACUGUUGUGGAAGUCCAAGGCUACCAGAGAGUGGACUGUUCCCUUGUCUUCUCCCCCACCCAACUGGCAGCAGGCACCAUGUCGUCAAAUCUCAUCCUCGUGCUGUGUGCCCCACUGGAAAUAUCCCCUUCUAGUCUACAGUUCCAUGUGGAACCAGAGUCUGACAACACUAAGACAGUGGAGCUGAAAGCAGUGUGUAAAGAGAGUGUGUUUUGGCGUGGAGGUGUCAGGGAGCAUGUCAGCUGGUGGUUUGACUGCAGUGCAGUAGCAGUACGGACAGAGAACGGAAGAGAGGGGGAGCUACAUGCAUGUACAGUGUCUCCAACAUCAGGAUGCCUGGAGCCCGGACAAUCCAUUUGUUUGGUUGUCAUCAUCAGCCCUGAGUCAAUCAGAGAAGGGUCUGGAAACAUGACCAAACUAUCGCUCCCUCUUUACCUGGGAGACGAGGGAAGUGAAGAGACUGGAGGACAGGGGGAACAUCAACCCUACAGAAAGCUGUCCAUCACUAUUACUCGCAAGCUUCCUCGUAUCACCAUCCAGCCCCCUCAGAUCCUCCUCACAUCUGUACCUCUGCAAACCAGUGCAAGUGCCACAGUCACCCUGCUCGCUUCUGGAUAUCCUAGCGGAGCUACUGUAACAGCUGAAGUGAACAAGGUGAAACUGGAGGAUGGAACAACAAUGCAACCUGUGUCCGUCAUAUUUCCAGAGGGUAGCACCUUCCCUGCCCAAAAGCAGGGUCAGGUUAUCUGCAAUGUGUUCUUCUGUUCUGCCACCCCACUGUCCAUCUGCACAACUAUCACCUUCACUGACCACCUGCAAAACAGAUUCAAGGUCAAACUGUGUGCCAUUGCUGACAAUAGCCAAUUGACAGUCUGGCAUUACAUGGGCCUGCACCGAUCUGAUCAACAGAUAGUUCUCAAGACUGGGGCCACAGCUGUUGAGGCCAUCCUUCAGAAUUAUUACACUCCAAGUCCUGCACCUGGUCCGAAUUCAUCCUCCUCCUCAUCGUUUGAUCACAACAGCUCAACAAACAAGACCUCAGUCUCAGACUCCCUUCCUUGCAGUGGAAGUGUAAGCAGCCAGGGCAGCAGGGAUACAGACAUCUUUCCAAACACAGACACCCCAACCAAUUUUGGCGUCCCAGAAUUCCCUGCGGCCAACUCAGAAGAAGGACUUUAUUACCAGAAUGUGUUGAUGGCUGUAGAGAGGUGGUUUAGCCUCUUUGGGUGGCCGGGCGGGCCACUUCCUAUCUCUGUACCACACACACUCAGAAGAAAUGUGUCAAAAAUUCAAACAAAUCAUUCCAGUGGAAGGUCCUUUCGAGUCAGUCAAAACAAAGACUCCAGGUCUGUAGUGGACAUGCUUCAUCACUUGACUGGCAAACAGAUUCCUGGGAUUUCUCACUGUCAGGCAUUUUCCAAUGAUAUAGACAAGCGCACCAAGCAGCUGCUACAACAGCAUGAAGCUAUGCUUGCUUUUCUAAGGGUGCAAGGAGCCUGCCUUUGUCACAUUAGACCAGAGUACUUGCUGGACAUACAGGAGUUCAAACACUGGUGCUUACUGCAAGCUAAUGAGGAUGGAAACAGUCUGGACUACGGCAGUGUUGACUAUGAGUCUCUGAGCAAACGGUCGUGGACUGAUGUGCUGCUGCAAAUAUACAAGGUGCUGGUAUUAUGUCGCGUGUCACAAAGUGGUCUGAAUGCAAAUCUGAAGCAUGAAGACUUUGCUGGAAUCCUCCAAAUCAGCUCACAGCCACUGAACAGUAACAUCUAUUCAUCGUGGGAACUCCAGUUACUCUCUUGGCUCAACAUACACUACCUGGGCAUGAGGGAGACUGUGUGGGAAAAAGGUAAUGUCCCAUCAGCUCGCUGGAUCGUGAAUUUCGACCUGGACUUGACAGAUGGGCUGGUACUUGCUGCUCUGCUUGCUUCCUACUGCCCGUACCUGAUCUGCAGCCACUUCCGAAGGAUGUACACCAUGACUAGCAGCCUGGAGCAGAUUCUUCACAACAACAUCAUUGUUGUGCAGGCCUUAACUGCACUUCGUCUCAACCUGGAUAUACAGCCCACAGACUUGUCAGACCCAAACCCAGUGCAGAUGGUAAUGCUGUGUGUUCACUUGUAUGAGAGGCUGUCUCAGUACCUGCCUCUGCACACCAUCACUCUUUCAGGAAGCCUGCACAGCACCUUCACUAAGCAGGUGCGUCUAAAAAGCCCAUCCUCUAAGCCUGUAAAAUACCAGCUCUUCCUUUUAGGAGAGGAUGCCCAUCUCUUCUCCCUUCCUGGUGGAUCUACUGUCACCAUUCCUCCAAAGGCAAGCACUGAAGUGACCGUCCAGUACAGCUGCUCCUUCAUGCAGCCCAAGGAGGCAGUCCUGCUUUUCAUCUCCAGCCCUCCUGUUGGCCUGUGCAGCACCUCACUCACCUUUAAUCUGAAGACCCAUGUCAGCCACAUUAAACCCACAAAAACUGUCAAGUGCAAGUCUCCAAGCUAUCAGCUGAAAGUGAUCGAAAUGCCAAUAACCAACCGGUUCAGCAAUGAGGCUAUGUUCAGGGUGGUGCUGGUGGAGUCUCCGUUCAACCCACUGGAGCCUGAAAAAAGAGACAGCCUGGUUCAACAGGCCUCAUCCAAGACCAAUGUAGAGAAGAUUACUUCAGACAAGAGCUGUGGGGAGGGAAUGGAAGGGAAACCCUCAGAUCUCGAUGUUGAAGACAGCGACUUCCUGAGUGCAGCGAGGAGUGUUCAUCUGAAGUCAGGCCAAGAAGACACUCUGAUCAUCCACUACCUGCCCUUCUGCCCAGGCACCAAAUACUGCUCUGUGCUGCUCAUUUGCCCACAGGUGGGAGAUAUGGUCUAUAUGGUCAAGGCCACAGCAGAAUUGCCUCUUCCUUCCCCUCUCACUGCCAGGCCCAGUUCUAAUUUAGUCUCUGUCCUGCAAAACUCUGACCCAGCUGUGUGUGUGUCAGUACUGAGCCUCCGCUGCAGGGUGGGCCAGGUGUGUGAGGAGGUCCUGCGCGUGCCGCUUGUCAAUAUGGCCUGGGAGCAAGCUCUGGCCAUCUGGGGUCGGCACAGCAUGAGUGCAGAUGAACACAGGAGGCGGAUGCUGACACACACUUUGCACAGCAGCACUGUUAGGGCAACCACAGCUGCUCGCAAGCUUCUCAAACAUCAGGCCACACAGAUGAGAGGUGUUCCAGCCAGAAAAGAACUAGAAUACAGUGUGGAGGCGUCUUUGCCACAAUACUUCACAUUACCCAGUGCUGUUACAAUACCUAUAAAAGAAGAAACCAACAUACCAUGGGAGAAUCCUACAGAUUGUGGCUGUGUGGACAUCCCAUUACGGUUCCAGGCAGACUCUGUGGGGCGGUUUACCUGCCAGGUGGUCCUACAUUCCUUGUGUGAUACUAGGGUCUAUGUGUUAGAAGCAGAUGUUACUCCUAAGGGAGGAUCUGUCCACUUGGACUUCAGGUCACCUGCUCGCCGUUCAGUCACACAAGACAUACCACUGCACAAUGAAACCCACCAAGACUGGAAAAUGCACGCUGAGCUGUGUGGUGAAGGAUUCUCCGGCCCAAAGGUUGUGAAUGUGCCAGCAGGGACAAAAGCAAACUACCCACUCACCUUCCAGCCCUCUGCACAAUGCAAAGUCAUGGGCGAGCUGUCUUUGCACAAUGACUGCGACGGUACUGUGCUCGUGUUUACCCUCAGAGGAGUUGGAGAGCGCCCCCUGCCUGUGGACCGUGUGGUAUUACAUUGCUCUGUGGGAAACACCACACGCACGCAACUGGAUGUACCAAAUUACAGCCGAAAGACCCAAACUCUAAAGGUGGUGACAGACCUAUCUGUUGUAAGUGGCACCUCCACCCUGGAGAUCAAGCCUGGUCACAGUGCUUCAUACUGCCUGGUUGUGUCACCAUGGAAACGAGGAAAACAGACAGGCUGUGUGUCAUUUGUAGAAAUUAAGGACUUGCAAGACCGUGACAAGCAUGAAGCGAAUGCACUGGGACACUACGAGGUGCAUUUCUCUCUGGAGAUAAUUUGCGAGCCAGCUGCACCCAUCAAGAUCAGAGAUGUGCUGUGUGUUGCUCAGAGCUCAGUUGCCAUAGAGAUCCCUGUCAGUAACCCACGAGGAGAGCUGCUGAGACUGGAUGUGUUUCUGGAAGGAGACAACCUGAGCGGAGCCAACUGGGUUUCAGUUCCCCCAGGGGAGACUCUCACCUACAAAGCUACGUUCUCCCCUGUUAGAGUGGGGAAGAGCACAGGCAGUGUGUUGUUCCAGUCAGAGCUGGUGGGGGAGUUCUGGUAUCAACUGGAGCUUUAUGCUCUUCCUCCUCCAGUCAUCAAGCUGCCACAGGCCUGCUGUCAUCUGGGCAAGUGGACCAGACAGACCCUUCCCUUGGUAAACCCAACAGCUGAGACUCUGAAGAUAAGUGUAGCCAACAGUAACCCCAGAAACUAUGCACUGGAGAUGGAUUCAGCAAGCACACUUAUUGUGGAGCCCCACUCCUUCUCCCAGCUUGGUGUCCGUUUUAAUCCUUCAUCCAUCGGAGAGGGGACCCACACGGCAAAGAUCACUUUCAUGUGCCCUCAGUUGCAGGAAUGGUGUGUGUUGCUGAGUGGGCGAGGCCUUAAACCGCAGAGCCAGGAGCCUCUGAGCAUCUCAUCCCCCACUGGCUCCAAAUCCUCCAUCACCAUUCCCUUCACUAACCCCACUGAGCUCCCAGCCGUGCUCAGUAUCGCACUCACAGAUGCGGAUCCAACUGGGGGGGCAAACUUCCACCAAGCUGCUAGACACAAGGAGGCUUUCUCUGUGGCUCUGAGCCACUCUGAAGGUGUACAGAUCAGUGAAGGAGCCGGUCUGGAUGUGCCUGUGAUGUUUGAACCUAACUCAAUGGAUAUACGUCAAGUCUGGCUCUGCAUCACUCUGAACCCCCACAACAGCAACAACAGUACCUUAAAUACCGACCACAUGAGGUCUGAGCAGGAAUUAUCAACCAUCUGUUGGAUUUACCCUCUCCGUGGGAUUCCUAUCGAAACGCCUGUUGAGAACCCGCCACUUGGCGUGCUUGGAUGUGAAGCGGGCUGCCAACUGGAGAAGAAGGUGGAUAUACUGCUCACUGGGUGUGUGGCGGGGAAUCAAGAUCGGAAAGGAGAAGGAGAAUCGCAGUUGACAAAAGAAGACUUCCAGUGUGAGAUUCGUUCAGAUGGUGAAACAAAGCACUCUGAGGUUCAAGACUCCCUUUCUGCUUCCAUUGAGGCAGUGAGCAGGGACCCUGAGACUGGCAUCGUAACACUCACCCUGAAUGUAGUCUACACUCCCCUCAGGCCAUGCAGGUUUGCAGCUGUCUUAGCUGUGCAGUGUGUGUCUGGCGGGAUCUGGGAGUUUCCAAUUACUCUCGUCGCCACGGAGCCUCAAGUCGAUGAUGUCAUCCUCACUGAAGCCACUGAGCUGGGAACGACUUCAGCUGUGGGCUUCCGCCUGACCAGCACUACCAGGUGUGUGAGGCCAGAGCCCUUCACAGCAGCGUUCUCGCCUGGUAGCAGCAGUGAGUUCACAGUGACCCCAGCCUCAGGGAUGUUACCUCCUGUUGGUUCUGCUGGAGCUCUCAUCACUGUGUCCUUCACUCCCAACACAUACAGCAUGCACAGAGCCAGACUGACCAUCCAGGCAGCAGACAUGCAGUGGACCUAUGAUGUGAGAGGGAAAACCCUUCAUGACCCGCCCCUCUGCACCACUUCCACCGCAUCAAGCCAAUGAUCAGCGGCGUAACCUUGUGACUCAAAACCUUCGGCUCCCCGCCCUGGAUAACUCCUCUCCUGUCAAAAU